ACAGCAUAAAAACUCUGUCCGCCGUGGCAGCAAGAAUUGACUGAUUGCUUGUUGCGCUUUGCGAGCUAUGGACGUGUUGGACGUUUAGCCAGGAAUGCUUUUGAUCAAUGCGAACAAGGGGAAAGCAGCGCUAGCUGCAGGAGUUGUCUUCCUGACCUUCCUUGGCGUUUCCAGACUGUCGUUAGCAGCGGCAUUGCCAAGGUUUCGAGGCCGCCCUGCCCUCGCAUCACGGCGUUGUGAGUGGAACGACCCGGAGGCUCAUGGACUUAGUUCCUCGAAGCUAGCAGAGCUGGCAGCUGAUUUUGAGAAGAGGUACAUCCGUGCAGGCCUGCUGAAGGGAGCUGUCGUUGCCAUUGUCAAGUCAGGGAAGGUAAUUGCGCUGUGGGAGUUGGGCAAUUACACCUCCAAUACUGUCUUCAAACUUUACUCGAUCUCCAAGGUGUUCACCGCUAUCGCUGGUCUCCAGUUGUGCGAGGCAGAGAGAGCUGACGGUGAGAGAGUUCGAGAGUCUAAAAUGCCGAGCUUUCCCGCAAAGGAGUUGGGUAUCUCGCUAGACACUCCAAUCAGCCAGAUAGUUCCAGAGUGGCCCAUGGAUCUAUGCGAUGAAUCAGGGGCGAAGAUGCCGCCACUGCUGCUGAGGCAUUGCCUUACACACACGGGCGGCUUCUCCAAAACACUGCCCACUGUUCAUCCUGUCGGUUCGUUUAGACCAGUUGAAUUGGAGCGCCUCAGAAGCCAAGUUUGCGGAGCGACCAAAGCAGCGCGCAACUUGAAAGAAGCAGUGGAGUUGGAGGGCAAGCACCCGCACAUUUUUGCACCGGGGCAGCACUUUAACUACUGCGGUGUUGGAAGCCAGUUGGUUGCGCGAGCAGUGGAAGAAGCAACUGGGAUGAACAUAGCAGAGUAUAUGGACAAGCGUAUCUUUAAGCCAGCUGGGAUGGAGAGCACAGGCACGGAAGGGCUCGAUAAAGCAAGUCACGCCGAGCCAUUCGCAGACUAUCACCCGUGGGUCCUGCCAGCAGUGGCAGCGGCGUUGCCGGGAAGAUGGAAUCGCAUGAGGUUGCGGCUUCGGGGGUUCCUAGGGCAGUUGUGCGGCUGCCCGUUGAUAGAUGACAUCAAGCCUGCUGGGAGUGCAGUGGUUCUUCCAACAAAGCUGUGGGACAGGUCACUGUCACUUUUUCACCCAGAUGCUGGGGUGAUAGGGACUGGGUCUGACUUUGUCAAAUGGCUGCAGGUCAUGUCGAGCGGCAAACUCAUGGGUGCAACCGGCGCCAAAGAGGUUUUCAGCCAGUUUGUGCUCGAUUCUUUGUCAACCCCAACGACGCCAGAGUUGCAGGCUCCAUUUGCAUUUGAUGCUUCGCCAUCUCGCCGGAUGUUCCCAGUCCGCGGUGAUUUGCGGGGUGGGCGCCAGCGCCCUUUCAACAGCUUCCCUGGACAAAGAUUCUCCCUGGGUGCGUGUGUUGUCACUGAUCCUGGCAAGGUGGGCUUACCUCGCAGGGCUGAGGGUGCCUGGCAUUGGAUGGGAUUUGCAUCUACCUACUUCUUUGUCAAUCGGCGGGAGGAAUUGUCAGCUUGCUUCCUGACGCAGCUGAUUUCACACAGGACGUACCCUCUUCUUGACGAACUUGUCAAAGGUGUGCAUGAAUCGCUUCUCUGAAAACGUAUGUGGCACAGAGCCAGGGGUGGGCACGGGAAUUAUUGCAUUGCGAGUGAGCUCCCGCC